AUGGCCAAGAGAGUGGCUGUCGUCGGGGCCGGCGUGAGUGGGCUGGCCUGUACCAAAUGCUGCCUGGAUGAGGGUCUGGAGCCCACCUGCUUUGAGAGGACCGGUGACAUCGGGGGAGUGUGGCGAUUCACGGAGUAUGUGGAGGAGGGAAGACCCAGCACCUACAAAUCUAUGGUCAGCAACACUUGUAAGGAGAUGUCAGCCAUGACAGACUGUCCCUACCCAGAAGAUUUCCCAGUCUUUUUACCCAACGCUAGGCUCCUGGAAUAUCUGCGUCUGUACACAAAACACUUUGAUCUCCGGAAGUAUAUUCAGUUCCAGACUACAGUGAUCAGCAUAAAGAAGUGCCCUGACUUCUCCACCAGCGGCCAGUGGGAAGUCGUCACGGAGACGGAUGGGAAGCAGAAGUCGGCCAUCUUUGAUGCUGUGAUGGUUUGCAUUGGUUACCUCACUGAACCCUCCCUCCCCCUCGACUCUUUCCCCGGCAUCGACAAGUUUCAGGGGCAGUAUUUCCAUAGCCGGGAAUACAAAACCCCAGACAUAUUCGCAGGUAAAAAAGUCCUUGUGGUCGGCAUGGGGAAUUCGGGAGUCGAUAUUGCCGUGGAAGCCAGUCGCAUAGCAAAAAAGGCGAUGAUCAGCACGGGCAGAGGCGCUUGGGUGAUAAGCCGCGUGUUUGACGACGGCUACCCAUGGGACAUGGUGUUCCUCACUAGGUUUAUGAACAUUGUCCGGAAUGCCCUCCCCAGUCGCGUAACGGGCUGGCUGCUUGCAUCCCACUUGAACCAGCGGUUUAACCACGCGAACUAUGGGGUGGUCCCAAAGGAGAGGUCUGUGAUGAGAGAGCCGAUACUGAACGAUGAACUCCCCGGGUGCAUCAUCACCGGGAAGGUCACCAUCAGGCCCAGUGUGAAGGAGUUCAAAGAGAAUUCCGUUGUGUUCGAGGACGGUCAAGGUGAAGAGGAAGUGGAUGUUGUUGUCUUUGCCACUGGCUACAAAGCUUCUUUCCCUUUCAUCGAUGAGUCCAUCAUCAAGGUUGAGGACAAACACGCUUCCUUGUACAAAUACAUUUUCCCGCCUCAGCUGGAAAAGCCAACCCUGGCCAUCAUCGGCUUCCUCAGGCCAUUGGGGGCAGUCAUGCCAGUUGUGGAAACCCAAGCGCGCUGGGUCACCCGGGUCUUUAAGGGGUUAUGCAAGUUGCCUCCACUGAACGCCAUGAUAGGAGAGGUCAAUGAAAAGAAGAAAAACAUCACCUGGUUCGGCUUGUCCUACGAUGAGGUUCUGAAAACAGACUGCCUGACGUACAUGGACCAGGUGGCUUGCUCUAUCGGCAUCAAGCCCAGCAUACCUGCUCUACUGCUCAGUGAUCCAAAGCUGGCCAUGAAGAUCUUCUUUGGGCCUUGUUCUCCCUACCAGUACCGCCUGGUUGGACCAGGGAAGUGGGAUGGAGCCAGAGAUGCUAUCAUGAACCAGUGGGAGCGGACCCUGAAGCCCAUCAGAACCCGGGUGGUGGAAGACUCAUCCAGUUUCAUUGCAUACUUACUGAAAGCUCUGGCCUUCUUUGCGGUCUUUAUUGGGAUCCUCUACGGUUUGAAUUAG